ACGGUCGCGACUGAGACCAACGGUUGGUGAGACCACUUAGGAGAGAAGAGAUUGCGGCGAAGCUUUCUUUGCAGAGGGCAAGAAAAACAGGAAGCUAUACCCAUGCGACAUGGGAAGCGGGCCGUCUUUUUUGCCAGGAAGCCCGCCUCGGGACGGAUUUCCAAUCGGCGCGUAUGCGAAGGAGAAAUGAAAGAAACACGGGAGGAUGUCGAAAGAGGAGCACCGGGAGCGAAGGGAAAGGGUAGAAACGGGUGGGCAAGGGAAGUAGCGGAAGGGAUGCUCUAAUCUCUCCCCCCCUUCUGAAAGACUGAGGGAGAAGCAAGACGGAAAAAGGAGAAAGAGAGAGAAAGAAAUUGAAGGGACCUCGAUGCGAGGAGGAAGAGUAGCUGAUGCGCAGUUCGGAACUGGCGCGGGACGCUUUCUGGAAGCGGCUGGGGAACGGGCGCCGCCGACGAGCGAGCGAGCGAGCGUCGACGCCGGGUACGGGACGGGACGCGGCCCCGAAAAUCUGCGAGAGAAACGCGCUCCUCCGAAGCAGCAGUGGGAGAGAGGGAGAGCGAAAGAACCGGAGGAGCACCCGGGCGAGCAAGCGGGUGCGAGCGCGCCAGCGGCGGGCGCACUUCUCCGCAGCCGGACAAACGACGACGCGCGGAGCGCACCAGCAUGGCGAGACGUCCCGCGUCGCGGCCGCUGCUAUCGAUCGUGCUGUGCCCGCUGCUCGCAACUCGUCGUCCUAAGGGACAGGCCAUGCCCACCGCCCUGUGCUGGUGGUGGAUCCUGUGGUGCCUGGCGAUGGCCGGCGUCACCAGCGCGGCGACCGACACCACCGUCGACGGUCGUCGCCACCCUCGGAGUCCUUCGUCAUCAGACGAGGAGCAGCCGACGCCGAGGGCCAAACUGCUCGUGAUUCUGGUGCAGGGCGUCAGGGCCGACUACAUCGACCACGCCGUGCAUCAGGGAUUCGCGCGAAUGGCCCAAGCGGGCAUCCGCGCCGAGUACGUGCUGCCGGUGUUCCCGUCCAGCCCGUACCCAAACGCGUACAGCAUUGCCACAGGCCUGUACCCGGAGUCCCACGGCAUUGUGGCAGAUGCCAUGUACGACACCGAGAAGCGUGACCUGUUCCUGGGAGUGCAGAUGGCCGGCAGCUCUGUGCCGUGGUCCCACUGGUGGGAGCGCGCCGAGCCCAUCUGGCUGCUGGCAGAGAGACGCAGGCUACGAUCGGCCGUCUACUGGUGGCCGGGCUGCGAGGUUGCGUUGAACGAGACGCGGCCGGCCAUCUGCAUGCCCCAGCGCCCCAUUCCGGGCUGGCGCUCCCUGGACCACGACUUCCGGAACAAGCUGGACGAGGUGCUCGAAGUUUUCGACACCGACGAGCUCAGCCUGGCCAUGCUCCAGUACGGUGCAGUCGCAUACUUCGGUCGUCACCGUGGUCCAGAAAGCAAGGAGCGGCACAAAGCGCUAGCGGAAUUCGACCAUCACUUGAACUAUCUCAUCGAUCAGUUAGAAGCCCUGAAUCUGACACAAAAGGUCACGCUGAUGGUUGUAUCGGAUCACGGCAUCGCCAACACGGGCCCCGAGUCCACAACCGAUAUCAUGCUUGACAAAUACUCGCCUUACAUAAAGUACAUGCUGAACUUCGGGUCUCAUUCCAUGGUGCUUCCGAGGAAAGACAUGUUCCGGCCGCUGCACCGUGCCCUGAUCGAUGCUCGCGUAGAAGGCCUGCAGGUCUACACCAAGGACGAGAUUCCAGCCAGAUACAACAUCAAGCACAGCUCGCGGGUGCUGCCCCUAUUCCUGAUGACCACGCCCAAGUACUUCAUCUUGCCGCUCAGCGAUAGCACCAAGACAAAGGUGAACCAUAAGAAGCGCUUCUUUGGCUACCACGGAUAUGACCCCGAACUUCCGGAGAUGAGGACCAUUUUCUACGCUCAGGGUCCAGGCAUCAAGCGGGACUACGUGAUCAAGCCCCUGGUCAACGUGGACCACUACAACUUCAUGUGCCACGCGCUCGGCCUCGAACCUAAGCCCAACAACGGUUCCUGGGCGCGCAUGGACGAAGGACUCGUCGAGUCCGAGGUUGACUUCCCUCGCUACGGCAGCUCCAAGUACAGCAACGCCGCGUCGUCCCCCACCCUGGCCAGGCACCAGUGGCUCUCCUGGUCGGCACACCUGGAAUAUCUGUCUCUGGCUGUGGCAGCCGUGUCAGCGCAGGUUAGCGCGCGGCACGCCCUCUGAAACACGUACGGCGCUGACGUCUCCAAGCGGUUGUGUGUGCCAAAGAAAGACUGUUCGCUUAGUUACCACAGCGAUUCUGGGGCGGUACGUGCCCGUUGGCUUCUUGAUAGCGUGAGGGCACAAUUGUGCAGUCUGCGAAGACAUCUGAAACUGGGUAGCGACUGCUUAUAUGAGGAGCGCUGUUGUUGCUCGAAUGAGAGUCACCGGACCGGUAACGACUAAGAAUGCUCUGCAACCAGGUUGCAACGGCGCCAGCUAUGGAAGCUGGCCUGCUUAUACCAAUUCAGCGACACGCUGAUGGACUAGGCAAGAUCAUAUACCAAGUGUUUAUGCGAAGAACUUAAGUAAUUAAAAAAAUAACUGUGGCAGGUAGAACUGGUUGCAAUAGAAUUUGCCUUGCGUUCGUACAUCAUAUGCGGUAUUUGCAAUAUGCACCGUAAGGUAAAUAUGCGCUUUAAAAAAAAAGUGAUAUUUUUUUAAUUAGUCGAUUGCACUUUUGGAUUUCUGGUGAAAGUAAUCUCCGCCUCUUUGAGCAAUACAGCUCAAGAAUUAGAAUUGAGCUAUCUGCCUCACGUAAUUUUUGGAAAUUACUUGAAAUCUUUGCAGAAACACCCACUUUGCGCCACCAUUGCACUCAGUAACUAGCGCCUUGCGUGGUUGUCGAUUCAACUUCCGUUUUGUGGGCGUCGCCCUCGUUGACGUUUAGUAGUCGCACUGUCGCUCCAGCUAUCUCUUCCAGCACUGCGGUGAGUCUCACCACUCGAAAGCGAAAAAUAAAAUCACAAAUGAAGUAGCUAUGCCAAGUUUGUCCGCGAUUCGAAUGUUAGAGAGAGAGUUCACCGAGGUUGAGCGCUGGGCUGGUCGGCGCUAGAGAAUCGAUUUAUAGCAGCAUUCCGAAACAUAAAAUUUAGUUGUAAGUUCAGCGCUCCGUAUGUCCUUUUCUGUCGUCCUUGUCUAAUGCGCUGGUAAACAUCGGUUACAGAGAGGUCCACUAGAUAAGAAAAGUUUUGUUGAAAGGAUCACAAGACCUCACGCAAUUCUUUAUUUUUUUAUUUUUUGCUUUGCCUUCUAUAAUUGACCCUGGUUGGCUUAAUCUGUGUACCCGCAAGCUUAAUCAUUCCGGGGAGACAGCUGGAGAGAUGCGCGCGCUGGAUGUUUAAUUAACAAGUAAAUUAUAUAAUGCUUUGACGUGAGCGAUCUAACACCAGGUGCUUUUAUUCUGUUAGAUUUCCCUGGUUAGACCAGAGAGCACUUUCUCGUCGAAUUUUAUUCGCGUGCCCACUUUUCCUUUUCGUGCUUGUUAUUUUCUAACUUUCGUCAUUCCGUUUGUUAUCUUUUUUUUACACAAUCUAAGCUAAGGUAAAGCGGUUCCAGUGCCACUGCUCACGUCUGAACACAGCAGAAAGGAGGGAUUACUAGUAUUAUUUUUUUUUCGAGGCGGACUCCGAAAAACGGACCCCAGUAUAGUUUCACGUAACGUAACGAAGAAAUCAUCGUUGUCCAGAACAUUUAAAUAUAAAAAAAUUACCUGUUCUAUUUCAAUUUCUCAGUAGAAUAAGUUAAUAUUUGAACAAUUGGCACCGAAUGUACCAAUGUUAUUAUAAAGGUUGUGAAGUGAGUUUUGAAUUUUCCUUAGUCCACUAGCUCUUGACUGUUCCUAAUUCAUUUUGCAAUAUGGCAAUACCAAUCACUGUUCAUGAAACUGGUUUGCAAGUUCAAUUUAUACUGCACCUCCCACCCGCGAACCCCUACGCUAUCCUCGUGCUGUGGCUAAAAGUGAUGACUGCACGAACAAACAGGCUAGGUGAGCAGAUGCACUAAUAACUAUUCUACACAAUCACGAUUUUAGAAAGCGUUGUUUCGAAACAUCUAAUCACAUCGGAUCUCUUCGACGACAGAAAGAUACGCAUUCCAAGUACGGUGGUGUGAGGCGUUGCCUACGAGGUGUUGUUCCCAACACCAUUCCUUGGAUACUUCGAAUCAGCUAGGAUAGAAACUAACAACUAAGUGCUUUUUCCCCCGCGAAGCUGCUGUAAGAAAUGAAACGCAAUAAUUUCCUCAGUGGGAAAGGAAACUUCACUUACCAUUGCAGUUUGUAUCGCAGACAUCGAAGGUAUUUGUUAAUGAUGAAUGGGAACGUCUUCGAAAGUUACACAACAGGGAAUACUUCUUUGACCGUUCAUUCCCCUCCCCCCCUCAUUCAUAUGUUAAGCAUCCACGUAUGUGUGUUACACAACUGAAGGGCAUUGUUAGAGCUUCGUAGUGUCAUUUCCUUGCACCCAUGUGUGUCCGUCACGCAGGUCGAGUCACUCAAGCAAUUUCAAUGGUUCGUGCAUCGUAUGUGUGAAGGCAUUUGUCAGGUUGAGUGGAAUGUUGAAGUGCCAUUGUUUAGUCGCGUGUAGAUUGGGGCUAUUUUAUUAAACUCGGAAACACGUGGUGCAAAAUGUCUCCGUUAUGUUUGACAUAUGCUGCAUUGGUAAUAGAUGACCACCACCAGGGGUGCCUCUCUCAUUAGGAUGUAUGCAGCCUGGAGCACUAGAAACCAAGCAAAUCGUUUAGAUAAAGCCUUUAUUGUACCGAAUCUUUAAUUAGGCCCACCGAACACUCCCGAUAAUUUAUGAGCUUCCUGAUAAUUUGAGGGAAAGCAUACUUUCAGUGAGUAAGCAGAGAGCGCCCUCUGAGUGCAUGACAGUUGAACUCAAAGGUACUUCAGCUGUUGAAUGGGACACUAAAGAGAGAAAUGAGUUCAGCUGUGCUAGUAACUUUAACCUUCUUUAAUGAUAAAAGAUCCACUUUUUUCUCGGGAGGAGGCUUGCUAAGCUGUAGAAGGCGCAAAAACGAAACGCGAGGGGCGACACCACCUUGAAGUUCUCGCACCAACCCGCCGUGACGCCAUGAUUUUUCACAGUACUUGCUGGGGCCAAGUAAAUUUGUUUAUCGGCAAACAAGGAAUGCAUUGUAUUCGGGAGGAGAGAAAGACUGGACUUAGCAAGUUACGAGAACUUUUAUUGUGCUGCAACGUCCCAAAUACGAAACAACACUUUUUGAGGUCAAACUGACGUACAGCUAGGCGCUGUGGUUUCGCCGGAAAAAGAAAAAGAGAAUUGGUCUUCACUUUCUCUUUCAGUAAUAAACUCCUUACCACAAAAUUGAUGGAAACAAAGCUCUGAAAGCAUACUUUCUCAGUUUCACGUCACAGUCUUUCAACGGCACUAGAGCUGGUUCUGCUGACAUACUUUGGCCAAUGUUCCACUACAACUCGGCGUACUAUAGUCUAAACUGUGAGUGUUAUUUCAGCUGACUCCUAUGACAGCGUGACAGCGGCCUUCGUAAGCGUCACGAACGUCAACGCUAUUUGUGCCUAAGCGGAGAGCAUCUAGCUGGACGCCUCUUGUGGUAUUAAUUUGACGCUAUGGUUUCUGCUGGGCAGUGCUUCUCAGGCAUAGGCACGAACACGAACAACCGCUAAGUGCUUUAUGUUUUCACUGCCUUUUUGUAUUAGCUCACUCACACACAAAAGAGCUUCUAGCGCAGUUCUUCCAAUAAAGCGUAGCCUUUGAGCGCAGUAGUGUGCUUUCUAUCGAAAUAUUGCAUUAAGGAUACCCAAUGCUCGCACGCAAACGCGCUCACGUGUCUUAAAGGUCUUGGCGCACUGUAUACAUCUGAACGUUGUUGUAUCUCAUAUGCCUCGUCAGUCACCUGUUCACAGUUUUCUCAUCCAACAUGUGCGCACUGUUGACGUCGUCUCAAUACCGAACUCAUUUUUCCCUCCUGUGAUUGUCGAUGCCCAGUUGACAACUAAUGUUGAUUGUUGCCCAUGUGCGUCCAAAUAGUGACCCCUUUGUGCAAUACUAUUUCGAGCUAGUACACAAAGCGUUCGUGUGCAUGGCUUUGAUGGCGGCCAUUUACUUAUAUGUACAUCCAGGUUAGUGAGCUUUCUUGCCAGUGAAAUCAGACGGCGCGCAUUUAACGAGAUGGCAGUCAUGGUUCUGAUUUCGCGGAGCAGUUCUGACACACAGUGACUACGCGUGUCGCCACAGGUUAGGUGGUGUAAACGAAAUAUUUUAUUCUGCAUCAGACUUACGAAGAGACAAUCGAACAGGUCCAUAUGACGAAGUAUAUUUCAACGCUUGACGUAAUAGUUCUGCGGAAACCCGCAAGGCAGAGAGAAGCAAUUAAUGAUGGAAAAUCAGGCUUCCGCCCGUUCGUAGCAAUUGCUACAAAGGAAACCCAUACGGGUACCUCGAAAGAAAAGCCUCACAGUUGAAGAAAAAUUUGUCCUGGUCGGGGACUCGAACCCAGGACCACCGGCUUUCCGGGGCAGCCGCUCUACUAUCUGAGCUAACUAGGCGGCUAGCAGAUGACAGGGCGAAGUCGAGUUUGUCGACAAAUUCGGAAAGGCGGUGGUCCUGGGUUCGAGUCCCGGACCAGGACGAAUUUUUCUUCAACUGUGAGGCUUUUCUUUCGAGGAACCCGUAUGGGUUUCCUUUGUAGCAACUGCUACGAACCGGUGGAUGCCUGAUUUUCCCUCAUUAAUAUUUCAAUGCUGUAGCAGACUUGCAGUCGCUGCUAAAAUGUGCUCCUAUUGUACUUGAAGCCGGAACCGCGCAUUCGGCGCUAUUAACGGCACAGAAUUGUAUUAUGUUUUAGUAGUGAUUAUUAUGUUAGUACGCCUCACAACAUAUGCGAAAAUUGCUUAAAGUAUUUUCUGAUUAACUAUGUGAGCAUCGGAGCAUGAUGUUAUGUGAUCUUUACAAAUAAAGAAGUUGCUGAAA